UACCAAUAAUAUAUAUAUUUUUAAUUUUUCCUCUCCUUUGUUUUUUUUUUCUUUUCAAAUUUUAUAUUUUUUUAAUUUGUUUUUCUUCCCCUGAGCGAAAGAGAAAAGCAUGCGCAAGGAAGGACCUUGCUAUCACUGUGGAGUUACAAGCACUCCUCUUUGGCGUAAUGGACCUAUUGAGAAACCAGUAUUGUGCAAUGCAUGUGGAUCACGGUGGAGGACUAAAGGGACACUUACAAAUUAUACCCCACUUCAUGCCAGGGUUGAACCUGAUGAUUAUGAGGAUCAUAGGGCUUCCAGAUUGAAGAUCAUAUCUAUAAAUAAGAACAAAGAAGUGAAACUGCUGAAAAGAAAAGUAAAUCAUGAUAAAGUAGUUGUUUUCCCUGAUUACAAUCAGCGUAACCGUAAAUUUGUGGAUGAUGAUACUAGUAAUAGAUCGAGUUCUGGAUCUGCCAUAUCUAAUUCUGAAAGCUGUGCCAAAUUUGGGUAUACUGAUGCUAGUGACUUGAUAGGGCCUGCUCAAUCUAACGUGUGGGACUCAAUGGUACCUUCUAAGAAAAGAACCUGUGUAAAUCGUUCAAAGCCAUCUCCAAUCGAGAAACUCACAAAAGAUUUGUAUACUAUUUUACAUGAACAACAGUCUUCAUACUUUUCUGGAUCUUCUGAGGAGGAUUUGCUUCUUGAAUGUGAGACACCCAUGGAUUCUGUUGAGUUUGGACAUGGGAGUGUUUUAAUUAGACAUCCAAACUCAAUAGCUCGGGAAGAGGAAUCGGAAGCUAGUUCCCUCUCAGUUGAAAACAGACAGUACUCAAGAAAUGAGGCUUAUUCACAUUCUUCAAGCUUCCCUGCAUAUAAUGAUAGCAAAAGCAUCAAGUUUUCAGGACAUGGAAUUGAAAGGGCUAUGAACCUUGCUGGGCAAGGCAUGCAGCAUGAGCAACUUAAUAGGGACAAAGCUCAGCAUGAAAAAUCACUACUGCUGGAAAGUCAUGAUUCGCCACUGUGUAACAUAGAUUUGAAUGAUAUUCUCAACUUCGAGGAAUUUGUGAAAUAUUUAACAAAGGAGGAGCAGCAACAGUUAUUGCAGUAUCUACCUCCACUAGACAUUGCCAAACUACCUGAUAGCCUCGAAAGCAUGUUUGAAAGCCCUCAAUUCAAGGAAAACUUCUGUUACUUUCAGCAAUUACUUGAGGAAGGGGUUUUUAAUAUCUCUGUCCAUGGAGUGAAAGCCGAAGACUGUAAGACACUGAAAAGACUUGCAUUGUGCAACUUGACGAAAUCCCAUUGGGUGGAACGCCUUCACAGGCUUAAGAAAUGUAAAAGUAUUCAAGGAUCUAUCACUGCUAGAGGACAAAAUGCUAUUGCUUCGAAUAGUUUGGCAAUUAUGAAGAGAUCACGUGACAACCUAAUUCAACAUUUUCCAGAAUCUUUAAAGAGCCCCAAAAGGGUGAUCAUGAAGGCUUCUUGCGAAAACAAAGAACUCAUAGACAAUGAUGGUUCUUGCUUUAGUCCGAUGCUUCUUGAUGGUCGCUCUAUCGUGUUGAAUUCCCUUCAUUUUGUAGAUGAAAACUCCGACCAAGAUUUGCUGCUGGAUGUGCUGCCCAAUGGCUCAUUCCUACAGGCAGAGCUACUUCAUCCUGAUUUAAGUUUUGGGCAACAGGCAAGAACUAGUAGUAGCUCAGCACACUCACAUCCUAUUCAUCCUUAGCAUUGGCGUUUUACGAGCAAAACAUAAAGGUAUGCUACUGCUAGAUCCAAUGAGUGGGGUUGACAUAUUUUGCAUGCCAAACACUGAAGUCUUAAUGAGGUUUGAUGGUUGCAUGACCUUUCCAAAAUCAGAAUGCUAAGAGAAGAAUUAGAAGUGGGUUUCUUUUUUGUAUAGGUUGACAACAGAUUGUAAUAUAUAGCUUGAAAGAAAUGCAGAAGAGGUGGUAAUUUUCAAUAUUUUGUAUGCAA